CAACCACUAGCACUUCAGACAAUUAUUGAAUCAGACUAUUUGUUUUGCUUUGUCAGUCAACGGUUGACCCAUUGACUCGCCCACCAUCCAUGACUUCUUCAGCUUAAGUUAUGCACUCAUCUUUUAUCUCCUUCUUAAAAAAAUCUGAUGAACUGUAACGUUUUGUUUCUUCUCUCUGUUCUCGUCUCUGUUACGGCUGGAGUUACGGCGGCGUACCAUCCUACCGAUGUCUUUCUCUUCAACUGCGGCGAUACUUCCAACAACGUCGACAACAGUGGCCGGAACUGGACGGUGGAAAGUCGUCAAAUUCUGUCGUCGAAUUUAGUCAACGCUUCAUUCACUUCAGAAGCGUCAUACCAAAAAGCAGGGGUCUCUCGGAUUCCGUACAUGAAAGCUCGAAUAUUCCGAUCUGAGUUCACCUACAGUUUCCCAGUCACUCCCGGUUCGAUAUUUCUCCGGUUAUACUUUUACCCGACUCAGUACAAAUCCGGUUUUGACGCGGUUAACUCCUUCUUCUCCGUCAAAGUCAACGGUUUCACUCUCUUGCGAAACUUCAACGCUGACUCAACGGUACAAGCUUCAAUACCGUUGUCAAAUUCUCUAAUCAAAGAGUUUAUCAUUCCGGUUCACCAGACUCUGAAUCUCACCUUCACUCCCUCCAAGAAUUUGUUAGCUUUCGUUAACGGAAUCGAAAUCGUCUCCAUGCCUGACCGGUUUUACUCAAAGGGAGGAUUUGACAACGUUUUAAGAAACGUUAGUAGCGACGUUGACUUCCAGAUAGACAACUCGACGGCUUUCGAGUCCGUUCACCGGUUAAACGUCGGCGGACAAAUAGUCAACGAGGUCGACGAUUCAGGAAUGUUCCGGCGGUGGCUUUCUGAUGAUUCUUUUGGAAACUCUGGAUCCAUUGUGAAUGUUCCGGGUGUAAAGAUCAACUACACGGAGAAGACUCCGGCGUAUGUUGCGCCGUAUGAUGUGUAUGCUACUAGUCGCUUAAUGGGGAACUCCAGCAACUUGAUGUUCAAUCUAACGGGUAUGUUCCUCACAGUUGAUGCUGGGUAUAACUACCUUGUGAGGCUACAUUUCUGUGAGACUCUUCCACAAGUUACCAAAGCAGGCCAACGUGUCUUCUCCAUAUUCGUCGAAGAUAAGAUGGCUAAGAAAGAGACGGACGUGAUUCGGUUGAGCGGUGGUCCUCGGAUUCCAAUGUAUUUAGAUUUCAGUGUGUAUGUUGGUUUCGAAAGUGGGAUGAUACAACCUGAGCUACGACUUGACUUGGUUCCUCUCAAGGACACUAAUCAAACGUAUUACGACGCUAUUCUGAGUGGUGUGGAGAUUCUCAAGCUGAAUGAUUCUGAUGGUAAUCUUGCAAGACCAAAUCCAGAACUUCUAGUAUCUACGGACUCAACACCAGAUGAUUCUAAUGUUACACCACCAAUAAAAGGUAAGCCACAUGUUUUGGUGAUAAUCCUCAUAGUCGUUGGUUCUGUAAUUGGGCUAGCGACUUUCAUUGUUAUCAUCAUGUUGUUGAUCCGUCAGAUGAAGAGGAAGAAGAAUAAAAAGGAGAAUAGUGUCAUUAUGUUCAAGUUACUACUGAAACAGUACAUUUAUGCAGAAUUGAAGAAGAUUACAAAGUCGUUUUCCCACACUGUUGGGAAAGGAGGGUUUGGAACUGUAUAUAGAGGAAACCUUUCUAAUGGACGUACGGUUGCAGUAAAGGUCUUGAAGGAUUUGAAGGGAAACGGUGACGAUUUCAUCAACGAAGUCACCAGCAUGAGCCAAACAUCUCAUGUAAACAUUGUUUCUCUGCUAGGUUUUUGCUAUGAAGGGUCCAAAAGAGCGAUUAUAUCAGAGUUUCUGGAGCAUGGGUCUUUGGAUCAGUUCAUCUCUAGAAAUAAAUCAUUGACUCCGAACGUGACAACACUAUAUGGAAUCGCGCUAGGCAUCGCUCGGGGAUUGGAGUAUUUGCACUAUGGCUGCAAAACAAGAAUUGUGCAUUUCGAUAUUAAACCUCAAAAUAUUCUGCUCGAUGACAAUUUUUGUCCUAAAGUCGCCGACUUUGGCCUUGCUAAGCUUUGUGAGAAAAGAGAAAGCAUUUUGUCAUUAAUAGACACAAGAGGAACUAUAGGUUACAUUGCACCAGAGGUGGUCUCAAGAAUGUACGGUGGAAUCUCCCAUAAAUCUGAUGUGUAUAGCUAUGGAAUGUUGGUCCUCGACAUGAUAGGAGCAAGAAAUAAAGUUGAAACCACAACUUGCAAUGGUAGUACAGCCUAUUUUCCUGAUUGGAUCUAUAAAGAUCUUGAAAAUGGAGAUCAAACGUGGAUAAUUGGAGAUGAAAUAAAUGAAGAGGACAACAAGAUUGUGAAGAAGAUGAUAUUGGUGAGUCUUUGGUGUAUUCGACCAUGCCCAUCAGAUCGUCCACCGAUGAACAAAGUUGUCGAGAUGAUAGAGGGCAGUUUGGAUGCUCUUGAACUCCCCCCUAAGCCUUCUAGGCAUAUUUCCACCGAGUUAGUUCUUGAAUCUUCUUCGCUUUCUGAUGGCCAAGAAGCUGAAAAACAAACUCAAACCUUAGAUUCUACAAUUAUUUAGCGCAAAAGUCUAUUUUUGUUUUUGAUAGUUUGAUCGAAAGAAUUAUAAAAAAAAUAUAAGAAACAUUUUGAAAACGUUUUUUCCGAUC